AUGAGGAUUCAUGGCGCUAGGUUCCGUGUAACACUACAGCGUAUAAAUGUCCGGACUGCACUCUCCUCUCCACAACACGAGGCGAGACGCAGCAAUAGUGACACGAACAGCGGCAACAAUAGCGACAAUGGCAGCAACGACAACACCAAUAAAAAUUCGUCCACGGCCGGUGGCUACCUUAAUGGUAUGUACUCCACUUUUGGUGUGAGUCGCAGGUCGUAUUAUAGAGGUUUGCCGUUUGAUGAGCGGUGGGACCGCAUUCAGCGUCACCUUGGAGUUUUAGGCCGUGUCUCAGCGGGCAACACGGUGAUUCCCUACCGCGAUGGCGCCGAGUCAUUUCGGGUAAUGUGGAAAGCUAUUGAUGAGUCCAAGAAGAGUGUACUGUGGCAAACGUAUAUCUGCAAGGAUGAUCACGUUGGGCGGGUUACAGUAGCGAAGAUGGAAGCUGCACAUCGACGCGGGUGUCGCACCGAACUCUUGUACGAUUGCGGUGGGAACAUCACUGGACGGCGACGCCUCGUGGGGAAUCUCAAGCAGUCCGGUGCCACUGUUAUUGAGCAUCGGCCCUUUUUCGAUCAUUUUUGGCAGUAUAUGCUGGGCGGCAUGAAGUGGGAACGCAGCCCGGCUAUCCGCAAUCACCGUAAAAUACUCCUCGUAGAUGACACAAUUGGUUUUUGUGGCGGAUUGAACAUUGGCAAUGAGUACUGCGGCAAGAGUCAGGGUGGGACAGGCAGGUUUCGCGACACGCACUGUUCAGUAACGGGUCCUGCCGUGGCGCACCUUCGUGAGGUGUACGAUGACACGAAGGCACCGAAGCCUUGGAAGUGGAGCUGGGCCCGUUGGCGGCAGAUUGCCGCAGUUACAAUGAAUCUUCGAUACAAGGAAGGCAAGAAUGUGACCGAUGAGAUCCUUUUGCCCAUGAAGAACUCUAUGCAGCAAAACGGUAAGGUGUAUAUGACGCGGCAGUUUGUGAAGGCGGGCAAAGGCACCGCUCGCAUUAUGGAGCGUAUGCGAUGGAGGCGGCAGCGCGAACAGCUGGAACGCCUUAUGCAAUGGUGUCAAGACGAGACCACAGAGGAGCCAAAGCGUGAGACAGGAGAUAUUGAAAAUACAUGCACUAAGAUAUCUUCUGACAAUGGAAAAAGCGCUGUUCGCUGUCGCAUGCGAUCAAGCACAGCAAAACAAAAGACAGAAAAGUGUGAUGCGCAUGCGCUCUCUCAAGCCCAGGGAAUGUUUGAACAACGUGUAUGCGGGAAGUGGAUCCUGGCGAUGCCAUUGAACGAUACAGAUCCUGUGCCUGGGGCAGUGGCGUACGGCGAGACGCGACCCACCGUCACUCAGGUGCUGAGCUGUAAUCCUCACACGCGGGACUGGUCAAUCCCGUAUGCCUUUUGGCAGGUCUCACAAAAGGCACACCGACGUCUGUGGGUAACGACGCCGUACUACAUGCCUCACCGGAAACUGAUGCUGGCCAUUCUGCGUGCAGCUCGCCGCGGGGUUGAUGUGCGCAUUCUUGCUGGGAGUUGCCACACGACAGAUCCUUGGUUCAUGUGGUAUGCGUCGAAUUAUAUCACAGAGCGACUGCUGGCGGCUGGCGUUCGUGUCUACGAGUACAAGGGUGAUCAAGUUAUGCACGCCAAGACAGUGGUGGUUGAUAGCAUUUGGUCCUCGGUGGGUAGUUACAAUUGGGACAUGAUGAGCAACAAGAAUAUGGAGGUUUGCGUCUGUCACCUUGGGUACGACCUGGCGCGGGAGAUGGAGGAGCACUUCCUCGCCGACCUGCAGGUGAGCAUUGAGUUGAAUUACGAUGAGUACAAGCGCCGGUCGUGGUGGCUUCGGUUUGCCUCGUGGUUCUUCUACGGUGGGUUGCAGAUUGCUGAGAAGCUUACGUUCCGCACGUUCCGGGACGCGGAUCUUUCCUCUGAGAUUGGCGGUCUUCGCUAG